AUGCCCGGAGAAGCCUCGGAAAGGGAAUGGUGGGUAGUCUACGAGAGAGAUGCCAUCGGCGGUAGACCCGGUGAAGAUGAUAAAAGAUGCCACCGAACGCGGUCAAGAGCCACGUGGAGGGAAUCAGAAGUCACCGCUGACCAUGUGACCGAGCUAGAUUCGGAAGAUGCAGAACAACAGUACGCCGAGGAGUAA